GGCAGCACAAAAUCGUGGUCUCGAAGCCUCGUUGUACGGAGCGCUUGCACAAGACACAAGGCGAUGCCUGGCCACUUGAAGUCCUGCAAGCCUGUCAUGAAAGCGUCAUUGCAAAGGCCACAGCCGUCUUUUAAACAGUCCGCAGGUAGUAUUGACGUCAAGGUACGCAUUCGCACACCGAGAUCGAUCUCGGUCGAGAAGCCGUCACCAAGUGAUUUAGGGGGUGGGAAACGGGCUGCAAUUGGACGCGUCUGUGGCAAAUAUAGCGCAUGAUAAGGGGGGAACCAAUCGGCUCAGCAGGCUGGGGACUCACCCGCACACAAACAUGAGAAAUGCAAGUUCAGCUUGCAACGUGCCAAGAUUUUGCAAUUCUCGACGAGCCGUGGUAAGACUGCGACCGUCUCCCCUGCGGCAAGAAGCCCGAUGCCACUGUUUAACCCGUUUCCAUUUCUUCAAAUGCGUCUCUCCACUCGCCGUGCGCCAUGUCCUCCAGAGGCAUCGAGCCCAGCCAGCCGGAGCACAGCACGCUCGAGGUCGACCCAUGGUCGAGAAACGAUCCGUACAAGGAGGUCGUCCCGUUCUCCGACGGGCUGCACGUCGACUAUUAUGGCGGUGGAACGUUGCGCGGGCCGGGUGGCCCCGCGCUGGGGAGCGGGAAUGGGAGCAGCAGCGCCACCAAGCCCGCAACCAUCAUGGGGCUGAAGAGGCGGACCUUCUUCAUCGCCACGUGGAUUCUGUCGCUGCUUGUCGGCGUUGCGAUUGGCGCUGGCGGCAGCCUCGGGGCGACGAUGGGAUCGAGGAACUCGUGCGCCGCCCCCGCGCCCGCCCUCGAGACGCAGAACGCCGCUUCGCAGACUACUGCCGGGGGGGCGAGCCUGCAGAGCCGAACUGCCUCAAUAUCGCAGAGCGCAGGCACCUCCCUUGGAAGCACAACCGCGCCGUAUGCGCCCCCUCUCUCGGGUUCGUCGUCGCAGAAACAAGCAUGGCCCUCCUCGUCGUCGUCGUCGUCGUCGUCCUCCCCGUUCUCGUCGUCCUCUUUGUCCUCCUCCUCGUCCACGUCACCGCCCUCCUCUUCCCCUUCCUCAAGAAGCAGUGCAAGGGCAGCCUCUCCCUCCGAGUCAGCGACCCCCGGCGGCGGACGCUGCUCGAACAACUGGGGCCUGGACUGCGUCUGCCUGGACCAGGGACUCUGCGAGGCGCGGUGGAAGGGCAAGCCGUACACGGGGUCUGAGGGGAACUGGCCGUGUCCCAACGAGCCCGACAACAUCAUGGCCUGCAUCAUCAAGCCGUGUCUCGGGCAGGUGUCGCCGACGCAGUGCAUGUGGAGGGAAGGGUGCAACAAUGUCACGACCGCGGUUGAUUCGAAGCUCGUGUGUCCCGGGGAGAGCGACUACAUCUGCUGCGGCCAUCGGUGGUGAUGGCGACAAACAGGGCCGACGGCUCUGGGGAAUGGCACAGCCGCACAGGGGCCUGGAAUAGUAUAUAUCGCAUGGAUGCUGGUGAUUUGGGUGCGGCGUCCGCUGUAAUUAGUCCAUCUCAAAAUCCGAUAUAAGUAGUUGAACAGUAUGGCGGCAUUUUGGGGACCUGACUUCAGAUUCUGGACAGAGACGGCCGGAGUUAGCAUUCAAAACAGACCAAUGUGGGACAACGAAGUCGACAACGAAGUC